UAAAAAAAUUAGACAAUACUAAAAGUAAAAGUAAUAUUUUUCGUUAAUGGAGAUACUCAACAAAAUGUAUACACUAAUCCGCUCACGUGGGUUAAAAUGUGAUGGUUGCAAUCUUGGUAAAGAUUACCAUAGCGAUGGUUAUCGUUGCUUUCAUUCUGGAGUAUUCUUUCACAAAGAAUGUGCCAAUUCUGAUCUAGAGAUUAACAACCGCUAUCAUCCCCAACAUUCUUUCCAUAUCAAGGCGGUUGCUGAAAAUGAAGAUGUAUAUGGAGAAUGCAAGGUUUGUAGAGGAGAUUGGAAAUGUGGAGUGUGUCAUAAAAUGAUGAUAUGGACAUUUGGGGCUUUUACUUGUUUGAAAUAUCCAAAUCUUUCCAUUCAUUUAAGAUGUGCCACAAGGUUCAGGAUUUGGGAUGGAACUGAACUUGAAGGCAUACCAGAAAAUAUUUUAGAGGUUAAAUCAUAUGAGCCGACCGAAGAAGGAACUAUAACGCAUUUCAGUCACUUAGAUCAUACUUUAAAGCUCAAUGAGGAAAACGAUACAAAUGAUAAAUGCAGGUGGUGUAAAGCAUACUUAUAUCCCAUAUAUUUUUAGCUC